CUGUUUGGAAAGGCUGCACCUAUAGGACCGGGUACGGCACCUUAGUAGACUAGUAGCAUCUACUUUGGCCAACAAAGAAGCGCAUGAUUGUCACAGACUACCUCAAGGACGUAGUCUGUACCUUCUCCUAUGGGGGAGGUGAGCUUAACCAUAAGAUCUCGUUCUUGGUUAGUAACGACUUGCCAUUUGACAUGUUGCUAGGCCUGUACUACCUCGACAUUGCUAAGCCCCAGUUUGACUGGGAUAAGAAGGUGCUCAAACAGAAGUUGCCCGAUGGCCGAACUGUCAGAAUGACUAAGUUCAAGGCCAGUAGUAUUAUAGAUACCUAUGGCUGCUUGUGCGCAUCUGCGUUCUACAAUUACUAUAAGCAAAACCAAGAGGAAGGUAUGUACCUUGUUUAUGUCUCUGAGAAGGGGGAGGCCGUUAAAACACCCCCGGAGAUAGAAGGCGUCGUUGCUAAGUUCCCUGAUCUGUUCAAGGAGCCCACAGGAGUUGUUGAUAGGGAAGUCGUCCACGCUAUAGAAAUCAUUCCAGGGAGUAAGACCCCAAAGGGAAGGAUCUAUAGGAUGGCCCCUGCCGAGUUAGAUGAACUUCGGAAGCAACUCAAGGAGCUGACAGAGAAGGGAUGGAUUCGGCUUAGUACUUCCCCUUACGGAUCACCUGUGCUAUUCGUACCAAAGGAGGGGGGUACUUUGAGGAUGUGCAUUGAUUAUAGGGGCCUCAAUGCCAUCACGGUGAAAAACGCAGAUCCUCUACCCCGCAUAGACGACCUAUUGGAUAGAGUGCAGGGAUGCAAGUACUAUACGAAGAUAGACUUGAAAUCCGGAUAUCAUCAGAUCGCAAUAAAACUUGAGGACCAACACAAGACAACUUUUCAGACUAGAUAUGGUCUGUAUGAGUUUGUAGUGAUGCCUUUUGGUCUUUGCAAUGCGCCGGGUACAUUCCAGCACGCUAUGAAUCGGAUCUUCCAUGACCAUUUAGAUAAGUUUGUCGUAGUCUAUCUAGACGACAUUCUGAUCUUUAGUAAGUCUGCCGAGGAGCACGCACAACAUGUUGAGACAGUUCUCUCACUCCUACGACAGCACAAGUAUAAGAUCAACCUACAAAAGUGUGAAUUCGGUCGCGCUAAGAUUCUAUACUUGGGUCAUGAAGUAUCCGCGGAGGGAAUUAGGCGGGAAGAUGCGAAAGUGGCUAGUAUUCGAGACUGGCCACGACCUCAGACAGUUACUGAGGUCAGAUCUUUCUUAGGAAUGUGCGGCUACUAUAGGAACUUCGUAAAGAACUAUUCUACAAUCGCCUCUCCUUUGACAGAUCUAACUCGACUUGACACACCGUGGGACUGGAGUGAUGAGUGCGAGGAUGCUUUCAAGAGAUUGAAGCAUGCACUCAUGAAUCACGAAGUUCUCAUGGUUCCCGAUCCGCAGAAGUCAUUCAUAGUGACCACUUAUGCAAGCCAAUGCGACAUUGGCGCAGUGCUGGCUCAGCAGGAUGGGAAAAAGUUGAGACCGAUUGAGUAUAUGAGUAAGAAGAUGCCAUCGAAGAAAUUGGCUAAGUCCACCUACGAAAGGGAACUCUACGCUCUCUACAAGACACUUGUCCAUUGGAGACACUUCCUUUUGGGAAGAUUCUUCUAUCUGAGGACUGAUCAUCAGACCCUCAAAUGGAUCAAGACUCAACCGACUCUUUCUGAUGCACUCAAGCGAUGGAUUGAGGUCAUAGACCAAUAUGACUUCAAGCUUGAGCACCUGAAGGGAGAGUACAACAAGGUUGCAGACGCGCUAUCCCGUAGAGCAGACUACCUAGGUGCGCUAGUUUUCGAAUUUGGCGUAUCUAACAAAGUAACUCAAUCAUUGGUGGGAGCCUAUCAGGAAGACCCUGUCACGAUGAACAUCAUCCGUAAACUUCAGGCAAAAGACAAGGCCACAGAAAGUGAGUUUGUGAUGGUAGAUGGACUAAUCUAUCUUAAUAAGGCCGGAGUAAAGAGAUUGGUAGUUCCAUCUAGUGAACAGUUGCGUAGUUUAUUUUUAGGCGAAUGUCAUGACGCAACUGGGUACUUUGGCUACAAGAAAACGAGUGCUAACUUAGUACAACGAUUUUGGUGGCCCAGAAUGUUAGAUGACGCAAAGAAGUAUGUUGAGACGUGUCAGGUCUGUCAGCGGGACAAGCCGCGAACUCAAGCACCGCUUGGGUUAUUGAAGCCUUUACCUAUUCCUGAUGGUCCAGAAUUGAGUGUUUCCAUGGAUUUCAUGGAUACCCUUGUGACCAGCAAGAGUGGUAAGAGGCACAUCUUCGUCAUUAUUGACCGAUUCACCAAGUACGCUAGAUUAAUUCCAAUGCCAGAGACAGCCAGGACAGAAUAUGUCAUCAAGUUGUUCAAGGACAACUGGGUAAGCGACUUUGGUUUACCAAAGACCAUCAUUAGUGACUGAGACUUCCGAUUCACAAGUGAGCUGUGGAAGAAGACUGCGGAACAGAUGGGCAGUCAACUUCAGAUGACUUCAGGGAAUCAUCCUGAAGCCAACGGACAGGCCGAACAAAUGAAUAAAGUUGUA